UACAAUUGCAUUAAGCAUAUAAACAGUAAACUAUUCAUCUAAAUUCUCUUUUCAGUGUUUUUUUAUUUAUUUCUGAAGUUCAUUCAUAUAAAUUUCAAUGGAUUCUGGCUAUGAUAUUUCAAGGAUACUGUUCAAUACCACUUCAAGAGGUGGAUUUGUAUCAAGAAACUCACUGGUUUUGGAUAGUGAGAAAGAAGAACUAGUGAAGUCCCCUCCAAAUCCAAUGAAUGGAGAGAAAAAGAUGUGUGAUGGUAACAAAACUUUGGUGGCUUUGAAGAGUCAUAGGGAAGCUGAGAGGAGAAGAAGAAACAGAAUCAAUGGUCAUCUUGCAAAACUUCGAGGACUUCUCUCAUGUCCUCCAAAGAUGGACAAAGCAACCUUACUAGCAGAGGUUAUUAGGCAAGUGAAGGAACUGAAAAAGAAUGCAAAUGAAGAAAGCAAAGGCUACUUAAUCCCAAAAGAUAUCAAUGAAGUGAAAGUUGAAAUUGAACCAUGUGAAAGUGGAGGAGUAGAUGGCUCUAUUCUUUACAAAGCAUCAAUCUGCUGUGAUUAUGGACCUGAGCUUCUAUCUGAUCUAAAGCAAACUAUUGAUACACUUCAACUGGAUUUGGUAAGGGCAGAAAUGUCAACUUUGGGAGACAGAGUUAAGAAUGAAUUUGUAUACACGUGUUGUAAAGUGGAUAUUUAUGAUGUUGAGUUAUGUCAAGUUAUUGCAAGUAAUGUUCAUCAUGCACUUACUUCUGUUUUGGAUAAGGCUUCUGCUUCAAUGGAUUACGAAUUAAGACUACCACCGCGUCCUUGCCUUCGGCUGCAAAAUGUGACAUCUACUUUGUCAUGCAACCAUGAAUUUUGUUCAUGUUGAUGCCUAACAUUUUGGUUAGGUUGAUAUUUUUUUCGGAUUUGUCGUUUAACUUUUUUCAUGAGUUAUAUGACUUAUGAAUGAAGCUUCAAAGUUUUUGGUUUUAAAGCAUGUUGUUUUUCAUGAGUUAUAUGACUUAUGAAUGAAGCUUCAAAGUUUUUGGUUUUAAAGCAUGUUGUUUUUCAUGAGUUAUAUGACUUAUGAAUGAAGCUUCAAAGUUUUUUGUUUUGAAACGUGUUGUUGUCUUUACAAUUAUGCAGCAAAUUAUUCAAAGGUGAACUAUCCUUUUUUUCUCAUAAGCUUUCGACUGGUUUAAUGGAAUACAUAAUAUGUAUUUCUUUAUUAGAUAAAGUUGAUCUAAAAGAUGCAGCAUUGCUCUAUUGCUCUAGGUACAGCCGUCAAACCCGAAAAAUCAUAAGAUUUGGGCUUUAAAAUUAGAGUUCAUAUUUUUCAGGGCCUUUUUAGUCCAAUGUUAAAAAAUCCGCCACCCAUUAGAGUUAGCUCAUAUAGACCGUGGAUAGUCCAUUAGACCCGCAUAAUUAUAAAUUUUAAAAAAAUAUAUUAAUAUUUAUAUUAUCUUACUCCAAAAUAAUAUAUUGAUUUUUCUCGCUUCACUAAAUUUUAUCUCUAUUUUAUUCCAUCUUUCUCUUUUAAA